AUGCCCCGAACCACAUAUGACCGAGCCCUAGGCGCUAUCUGGGGUGUCUGCAUUGGUGAUGCUCUCGGCGGCCCCGUCCAGUUCAGCAAUCCCGGCACCUUCAAGCCCAUUACGGAUCUCGAGUUUGUGAGGCCAUUCAAACAACCUUCAGGAUCUUAUUCCGAUGACGGUGCCAUGACCCUCGCGCUGGCCCAGUCCUUCGUAGAUUCAGAUGGCUAUUAUAACCAUGCCCUGUCGAUCAGGUAUUACCUCGACUGGUUCAAUUUUGGCCGAUUCAGUACGACUGACCGAGCCUGGGAUCUCGGGCGGUCCACUCGCGUCGCCUUGAGGCAAUGGAGAAAACGAGGAGCUUUAAGAGAUCCAAACACCACCCAAAUGCUAGUGAAUGAGGAGCUAACCCGCGAGGAGGCCUCCGGUAAUGGGAGCUUGAUGAGGAUCUCUCCACUUGGAAUUGCGCUCUGGGAGAGUCCUGGCCAGGCGAAGAAGCUUGCCCGCGAGCAGAGCAUGGUCACGCACCCCUCGCUGGCAUGCUUAGAGGCCUGUGAAGCUUACACUGAGCUGGUGUGUAUGGCCAUGAGUGGGUGUUCGAAGGAAGGUCUUGGUCAAGCGAUCGGUCAAUUUCAAUUCCAGCACCCCGCCCUCGUCUCUCGCCUCAGCCAGUAUAUCUCUGUGCAGGAUUGGCGAGCGAAAUCUCCGGUCGACAUGACGAGCAGCGGCUGGGUGGUGGAUACGCUAGAGGUGGCUCUCUGGGCCCUUUUCAAAUACGAUUCUUGGGAAGAAGGUGCCUUGGCGGUGGUUAACCUCGGUGGAGAUUCGGACACGGCGGGCGCUGUAUAUGGCGGUCUGGCGGGGAUCGUGUACGGGUUUGAGUCCAUGCCUGAGCGAUGGGUGAAGGGAAUGCAGAAUGGAAGGUUGAUUCGUGACGUGGCAGAAGCAUUUGCUGAUUCAGUUCAGUCCAAGUCGCGACCCAUCUGA